UUUACCAAUUCUGGAAAGUUAACUAGACUAGCGUCACUAGCUGCAUGAGGCCGGUAGCUUGUAGCGUAUUUAUAUUGUAGCUUGGUGUAGGACUCUCAACCAGUAUAAACAAAGCCUGGCUAGCUAGCUGAGUGGUGAGAUGGCUGUAGGGGCACUGGUGGUGUCUGUCAUCAUCCUGUUAGUCCUCACUCUGGUAAUGGUGGUCCUGUUGCCGCUGUGUCUCUGGCAGAAAGAGGCGUGGUCACAACGCUGCAAGGAUAGAGCAGCCUCUGUACGCUCCAACGAUUCCUCUCAAGCUCUCUCACCAGCUCAGGCAAGGCAGUAUCCACAGCUGAGGUCAAAGUUGAACGUCACCCACCCUCUGUCCGUCCUUGAUAACGGCCACACAACGGCAGACAAUCUGACCACACCCUAUUACGAUGCAGUGCAAAUUGAGGACACAAACGUACUGACAGUGAAAAAAUAUAAAAAGAAAGUCGAAAUUGAUUCUGAGCCACACUAUGAGUUUGUGAGUAAUGCCGUGACAGAUGAUCAUCGUUCUAGAGAUAAUAAUGGAGUCAAAAGUGCUGUUCAAGCGCGUGUCACCCACCCCAUUCGAACUGCCACGCCCCCUAACGUGAGGAAGCCAAUAAGUGCAAUCAUACGACAAGAAGACCUGCCUCGAAACUUUACACCGAACACAAAGGUACCUCUGCUGCCACCCACUCCAGGGCAGACUAGAGUAGUACAGCCACAACCUCCACUGGCAACGAGGCCAUUCCUCAAUCCAAACGUCGAGAGGUUAUCCCGACAACCAGACCCCCCACAAAGCCACUACGAGUAUGCGGAUGGACUGCAACUCACAGCCCCCCCCCUGCUCAAGCCAAACCUGACACCGGCUGAGAAUAGACCCAAAUCAUAUUAUGCUGACUACGAGUUUGCCAGUGGACCUCAAACACUACCAGCACAUUAUGAGCUAGUACAGGCCACAGGUGGAGAGCAAGCUGCCACUAUCCACAGUGUACAGACUGAUGGCUCUAAUCACUAUGACACUGCGGACAUGAUAGGGGAUGCUCACUACGACACUGCGGACAUGAUGCCAACUGGUGGAGAUAGUUCCUCAGAGUAUGCAUACGCCACACCUAACACAAGGAGACAGAUUCGAUGUGAUAAGGAGGGGUUGUUCCAGGAGCCUGCUAGAGAUCGUAGCUCCUUAUACGCACAGCUGGACAGUAUUAGGGUGGAGCACUACAAGAGAGAGUCCGUCAGUGUGGGGCGCUUGAUUGGAUCUGGUCAGUUUGGACGAGUGCACACGGGGAAGUGGCUAUCUCCUGAGGGUACCACACUGCCAAUAGCUGUCAAGGUACUCAACACAAAUGUGGAAGAGGAGCAAAGAGUCAAGUUCCUCCAGGAGGCGGCCAUCAUGGGUCAGUUCAGACAUCCCAACGUGGUCAAGCUGUACGGAGUGGUGACUGUAGGGGAACCAGAAAUGAUAAUUUUGGAGCUGAUGCCUGAGGGUGAUCUCAGGAAGAACCUUCUUUCCCUCGGCACUAGUUCUCAAGGGAAGGAAGACCCAGAGCUCCCUGUGACUCUACUGAGCUACUGCCGACAGAUAGCCUCAGGCAUGGCGUACUUGUCUAGUAAGGCAUUUGUGCACAGAGACCUGGCAGCCAGGAACAUACUGGUGUCAGAGGGAGUGUGUAAGGUGGCAGAUUUUGGCCUGGCUCGAGACUUGCUGGAGGCUGACUACUAUGUAUCACAUGGGGGAGAUAUUCCAGUCAAGUGGACUGCUCUAGAGGCCCUUCAUUACAAGAAGUAUUCAGUGGCCAGUGAUGUGUGGAGCUUUGGUUGUGUCAUGUACGAGAUAUGGAGUCUGGGACACAAACCAUUUGAAAACAUUACCAACCUGCAGACUGCAAGAGAAAUACAGAAGGGCUACCGACUCCCUCCACCACCGGGCUGCCCUAGGGCAAUGUACCAGCUCAUGAUCAGCUGCUGGCAUCCUGAGCCGAGCCAGAGACCUGGGUUCACGGACAUAGCUGCUAGACUGGAGCAGGAACCAACAGCUUUACUCAAGUGGUCUGUCAAGGACAAAGCCACUCACCUCUCCAUCACUAGACUAGGUGCUGACCUGGCAAUAGGCCAACAACUAUAUCAGGAAUUGCAACGUGUGUAUAAAUGAGAACUACUGAUUUGUUUGAUUUUUAUUUUUGUUUGUUUGUAUAUUCUGCACCUUAUUAGAUCAUGCUCUGCAAUGCAAUAAUGUUUGAAGUGG